AUGAACGCCGAGACGUGCGUUUCAUACUGCGAUAUGACAUCCAUGGAUUCAUAUUAUAGUCCGUCUGCACCGCAAGGUAGGGAUCACCAGGCAAACCCUUUUAGGACAUUCCAAGCGAGUGACACCAAAUACAGCCCCACUUUCCUGACCAACAAAGGUCAGGCUUAUGGGGAAAAGCCGCGGAGCCCGUUCCAGCAGGAAUGCCAGUCAUUGGAUGCCACUUCGGCGGAAAGCACCUUUAACAAAUACCACCUCUUCAUGCAGAGAUCGUCUUGCAAAACUCCCCCUGAAGGAAGCAAACUCCACCAAGACAGUGGCCACAACGGAGCGCUCAUCUCUUGUUAUGCCGUCAUCAGUGAUUCCCCCGGAAAAUGGAGGAAGAGGGAGCGCUUCGGUCAGAUGCAGCAGGUCCGGACACACUUCUCUACGGCCUACGAGCUGCCCCUUCUGUCUCGACCUGAAAACUAUGCACAGAUCCAGAACCCCUCAUGGAUUGGGGGUAGUAGUGCAGCAUCGCCCGUCCCGGGCUGCGUGGUCCCCUGCGACACCGUCACAUCCUGCAUGACCCCCCACCCGCAUGGCGCUGGCGGGGUGUCUGACUUCCUGGGUGUGCCAAGCCCUGGGGGUCACAUGGGGCAGACGCACAUGGGAAGUCUGUUCGGGAGCCCCAGCAUGGGUGGUGGAAUCAACGGCUACGACCUCAACAUGGACCCUGACCGCAAAUCAUCCAGCAUCGCUGCCCUGCGUAUGAAGGCCAAGGAGCAUAGCGCUGCCAUUUCCUGGGCCACAUGA